CUCCUAGCAAGUAUGUUGCGUGCUGUUAUCAUCCUGCCGGCACUGGUUGCAACAACUGCUGCACAACUGAACAUCCCAGCCUUACUCUCGAGUCUUGGGCCUGCACCAGCCGAUGAUCCUCGCUUCACGAACUGGGUGGCUCCUGGGCCCAACGACGUGCGCUCGCCAUGUCCGGGACUCAACGCCUUAGCAAAUCAUGGCUUCAUCCAUCACGACGGACGUAACAUGUCGCUCCCUCAUCUCCUCAAGGGUCUUGCAGCUGGCUUGAACAUGGGUGCAGACUUCACCGUCCUGAUUGGAGGUCUCGGUCUCCUCUCAUCCAAGGACAUCGCCACUGGAGCCUUUGACCUCAACGACCUCGACCAACACAAUUUUCCCAUCGAACACGACGCCAGUCUCAGCCGCAAAGAUGCGUACUUUGGGGAUGACCACACCUUCUACGACCCCAUCUGGCAACAAACCUUGUCCUUCUACAACGGAGAUGACCAAACGUCGUUGCUACCAGCAUCCAAGGCGAUUGCCAACCGCACACGAGACUCCAUGAACAUCAACCCCACUUUUACCUACGGUUUCCGCGAGUUCAUUCAGAGAUAUGGCGAAGUUUCAAUCUACCUCCAAACGAUGGGCGCAGACGAUGCGACGGGUGUGACGCGUGUCGAUUGGGUUCGGGAACUGUUCGAGCAAGAGAGGUUGCCAUAUGACUUGGGUUGGAGACCUCGUGCGCAACCUAUCACCGUCGCCAGUUUAGGCCAGAUGGUUUUUGAACUGUACACUAUCAGUCCCUCGGCGGUGCCAGAAGGCAAGAAGGUUGCAGCGGAUUCCUACAAGAACGUUUUUGAAGUCUUGAUCGGAGGAUCAAACGUGCUGAACAGCUUGACCAACGGAUUGUCAAAGGCUGUUGGCUUGUAGAAAAAUUUUCAUUCCCUUUUGGCGCUCAGGGCAAGAUUCAACACGCUUCCGUGUUCCGUGUUCAUUUAUUGCCCUACAUUUAUGUACAUAAGGCAGGUAUCUAGACAAGAGAAUUAUUGACUCAACC